CCAAUCGCAUUCCGCGUUGAACCACGGAGUGUCGCCAGGUAAUGAUGUCAUCAACAAGAACUUUCAGGAAGGUUGUUCUGAGUUGCGUCAGUUUCUACGGUACGCAACAACUGAGGACAGAUUUUAACGUUCGCAUACAUUUAGCAAGUGCUUUGAAACGAUGCUGGUGACCAGGCUAGCAUGUCUGCGCAGUAUGCCUGUGAUAGGGCUGCGCUCUGCGCUAGCCCAGAGCUCCCCAACUCUGAGGAGCUCCUUCUUAAAGAGCAGUCAGCCCCUACUGAAGCCUUCCCAGGGGUAUUCCACAAAAGCUCGGUUUGGUUUCCGACGGGGCAAGACUGCUAAAGACCAGCUCAAAGAAGCGGCCUUUGAGCCAUCCGCUGAAACCUUCAUAAAAGUGGAUAACAUGGGGCGGAUGCUGCUGGGCGGCGGGGCCGCCGUCGGCCUCGGGGCCCUGUGCUAUUACGGCCUGGGGAUGUCCAAUGAGAUCGGCGCCAUCGAGAAAGCAGUGUACGACCAUCGGCCCUCCUGCCGCAUUCAGCCAUUUAAAACACAUGAGCUGCAUUCACACAUACACAUGUCCGCGGCAUCUGGGUUCACUGCCCUCUCCGCGAUGGCGGUGAGCCGGACGCCGGCGCUCAUGGGCCUGAUGAUGAGGGGCUCCUGGCUGGCUAUCGGUGCCACGUUUGCUGCCAUGAUCGGGGCAGGGAUGCUGGUCAGGUCCAUCUCUUAUGAGCACAGCCCGAUUCCCAAGCACCUCGCCUGGAUGUUCCACGCAGGCGUGAUGGGGGCGGUUGUGGCCCCCCUGACCCUGCUGGGUGGGCCCCUCAUCGUGCGCGCCGCCUGGUACACGGCGGGCAUCGUGGGAGGCCUGUCCACGGUCGCCAUGUGCGCCCCCAGCGAGAAGUUCCUCAACAUGGGCGGCCCCCUGGCGGUGGGGCUGGGCGUGGUCUUCGCCUCGUCCAUCGGCUCCAUGUUCCUGCCCCCCACGUCCCCCUUCGGGGCGGGCCUGUACGGGGUGGCCGUGUACGGAGGGCUCAUCCUCUUCAGCAUGUUCCUCCUGUACGACACGCAGAAGGUCAUCAAGCGAGCGGAGACCUACCCCCUGUACGCCGCUCAGAAAUACGACCCCAUCAACUCAUGCUUGGGAAUAUACAUGGACACUCUGAACAUCUUCAUGAGGAUGGUGAUGAUUCUGGCCAAUGGCGGAGCAGGGAAGAGGAAGUGAACAUCUUCAGCAUUCUACAGAUGGACUAAAAGCACUGCUUCCUGUGAAACGGACUUCUUCCUGCAAGCCUGCACUGGAGUUACAAUAUACUUUUAGAACACAGCUCUUUCAUUUACCCUGGCAUUGGAGCUUAAAUUGUACACAUUAGUUUCAGUGUAAGUUGUCUUGUUAAAACUAGAUAACUUAUUUGUAAAGAAAUCACUCAUUGAUUUGCUUUGCUUAUGCAUUUGUUGUUUAAUUAAAGGAAUUCUGACAUGAUAGUGGAUUAUCAAAAUAUUGUUGAUCCUUGCUCGUACCUCAACUUGUAUUUUUUCCCCUAAAUAUUUAUACAUAUAUGUGGUUGUUAAUGUGUUGUAAUUUUUGAAUGCAAAGCAAAUCUGAAAGCUGUGGGGCUGUAUUGUCAUGGUGAAUUUCCAGUGUGGCAUAUGAUCUCCCUUUGAACGUGUGCAGUAUGGGUGUUUCCUUGCAGAAUGGUGGACCUGCAUGUGUGCUGUAAAAUGGGGUUUUCAUAGGUGGUUCAUUGGAGUAUUUGCUUUGAUUGAAGUUGAUUUAGACACAGCAGUGAAAAAAUCUCCUAAUAAAGUUAAGAACAGCAGUAUUUCCCCUGUUGGAGAA